CGGGCAUGUUCCUCCCCUCCCCCCCGGGAAAAAAAUCCCAGCAGCGAUUGCGGCGAGUGGGCUCGCGCCUCCCGGAAUUUUAAAAAUCAAAAUUUAUGUUAUAAUUAAACCUUAUCCCGUAAGUUAAGCGCGCGGGACUGGGAGGAGGAUCCGUCCGGGAGCGGUUUAGGUUUUUGAAUUCGCCGGCCUGAGAUAUAUUUUCGGCUGGAUGGAUGUGUUGGCUGUGCCGCCAAGCAACGGCGCCAUUUUGUUGUGAGGGGUCGCAGCGCGUCGGCUGUUGCCGCUAGGCCGCCAUUAUUGUGGGGGGCAGAGCUGGGACUGGGUCAUGCCCAAGUCCUGUGCUGCCUAUAACUGUACCAAUAGGUACAGCAGCAAGAACAAGGAGCUCACAUUCCACAGGUUUCCCUUCAGCAAGCCAGACUUAUUAGUGCAGUGGAUGAACAAUGUUGGAAGAGCAGAGUUCAAGCCCAACCAACAUACUGUCAUUUGCUCUGAGCAUUUCAAACCAGAGUGUUUCAACACUUGGGGCAACCGAAAAAAUCUGAAGCACAAUGCUGUGCCCACAGUCUUUAGCUACUCAGAGAUUAUGAAGCAAAGACAUCGAGCAAGGAAAAAGUUGAAAACAGCCGCAGAUGUGUCAAAGCCAGAAAUAAUUGAGGAGAGGGUUGAGACGGUGCCCAUGGCCACAACAAGUAGAAGGCAGGAGAACCUGCCGCAGGCAGUACCAAAUAAAGUUGCUGCCUCCGACAGCAGUGCUGACCACACUUAUGCUGCCACCAACCUGGGCAUGAUGAAGAAGAGGUUGUUUACCGCCCUGGAGAAGAAUGAGAAGCUAAGGAAACGGCUGAAAGUGAAGCAGGAGGAGAUGAGGAGAAUGAUGAAGAAGUGGCAGGCGGUCAAGGAUGAACUGGAGGAUCUGAGAGCCAAGAGUCUGUUGACAGCCAGUGGACUGAACCUUGCAGGCAUAGCCCAACUACAGCGCUGUAUGAAUUAAAUUGCUGAUUAUUUGGAGGACAAUAAGGAGACAACCUGCAGACUUUCUGCAUAGUCCAUAAGGCGAAACUGACUGUUUCAACAUUUGAUGCAAACAAACUGCAGCUAAUUGAGUUUGAACAGUUUAAAGAAGGAGGUACACACAGUCGCCAUUGAUAUAAAAUUGAUGACAGUGAUGUAAAUCAAACAGGUCACACUACACCUUGUCUCUCCUCUCUCUGGUUGUGAUCUGCUGUGCCAUCCUCUUGAUCCCUGGAAGGUUCUCAGCAUCUGAGUUGAAAGAAAUUCUAGCCAUUGACUGUCACAGUACAUCAUAGGUCAGGGAGAGUCCCAUGAUGGGAGACAGCUUGGAAUUCACUUUGUGUCAUAGGAAGCCUUGAUAUUCAAUUGGUGCUGUGCUGGUGUACCUGAAGUCCAGUUUACCACCUUAUGUGUGAGAUGCCUUGAUACUCAAACAGUGAAUUCCUUUACUAAUCUUCUGUAAUCAUCUCCUAGUUUAAGACAUGCUUGAAGCUCUUGUCCUGUUAAUGUAUUGCAGCAAAUCCCUCCGAUGCCAACCUUGAGCAGUGAGGAUAUCUGUACUUUGUACAUCAAUUCAGGUUACAGAUCCCAGGCAGUUUAGUUGGGCCUGUGCUUUUAUAAUUAUUGCCUACCAUACUGCUGCUGGUAUCAGUCAUGGUGGAACACUGUUUAGAUGCUUUUUAGCGGCUUUCAAACUAAACCACGUGAAGAAUUUGUCAUCCGUGUAAAUGCUGCUGAUGGGUCAGUGGACUACACACUGGUCCUUCUGUCUCUGGGAGCCCAGACUACGAGGAUGAAAUAAUCCUCUGCCUGCAAGUUCUUAAGAUUGCUGUAGCCUACAGUCAGCCCACCUUGCUCAGGGGUCUGCAGCAUAAAACUAUUCCUAAUAAAGCCCUAGCUCAUACUGAACUAGUACAUUUACUUUGAGAGGUCGAAGCAUGGCAGUUGUGUGAAACAUAUCACCCUGGCACAUCAAAGGUAUCUACCAGGAGCUUAACUCUGCACUUACCCAGUGCAUCAGCAGUUUGACUCUGCAUAUAACCUGCCACAUACCCAACCUGGCAAUAUUUCAUGCCUACCCUGACUCUGGAUGCAAAAAAUGAAAAACUCUGUUUGAUUUCCUGACACCCCAAGCAUCCCUUGCAUCAAUUACAAAAAGUGACACCUAAAAAUGGGAAUUAACAAGGGAAACAGUUAAACUGAAAUGAAUAAAUGAGUGAAAACAUGUUGUGGGUUUGAUUCUUAUCUGGACUGAGCUUGGGAUGGCCUCAUUAUCUGUGAGGGGUGCAACUAUCGCCCACUAUCCUGUUUCUCCUGCUUGAAAAUGGGUGACUGUCAGUAUCAGCAUGAUUUUGCAGUGUGCUGGUAUUUGCUGUUCGGGCAGAGGGAUCACACUUACCUUGAGCUGGCACCUUCAUGAAAUGUAGGGAAAAGAAUGGAAAACAAAAUAAAACUGAACAAAUACCACAAGAACUUUUGAGGCUGUUAUGGUUAAUCUUCUGGCAUAGCUGAAUUACAUCCUUUUGUUUCUGCCUGAAGUUAGGGAUCUCUUCCUAGUGGAUAUUUUUAUUGACUCAUUCACGGGAUGUGGGCAUUGCUGGCUUAGCCAGCAUUUAUUAUCCCUAUGAGUUGGAAGAAAGAGGUAUGGUGAGGGUCUGUAGGAGUCCCACAUUCCACCCCAACCCCACCGCCAAACUCAACAGGUCAAUUUUGAGGGUAGCCCAGACACCAGAAGCAGUUGGGUGGGUGAAUAUGAUCAUGGGUUUGUUGACAAGUAUUUAUGUAAUUCUCUUUUAAGCGUUAAUACUGAAUCAGUUUCCAUCACCCUUUCAGGCCACGUACCUGUAUUCCAGUUCACAAAAAUGCCCCUCUUCUUUUCCCCAGUGGAAACUGUAUCUCCUUAUUUACACUAUGGAAACGCUUCAUAAAUUUUGGCCGUUAGCAAAUAUCUGCUCAACCUUUCUGCUUUGAGAAGAAAAAUCUCAGCUUCCUCAGUCUCUCCAUGUAAUUGAAGACUUCACAUCCAAGUAAAUCUCUUAUAUCCUUUCCUAAUGUACAGUCCAGUGCUGUACAGAUAAAAUGCAGCACCAGGAAAAUCUCUGACAUAUCCACAGCUCACUACAUACAAAUUAGAAGCAAGAUUAGGCCUCUCACCCUCUUGAGCCUACUCCACCAAUCAAUAAUAUCACAACCUAUCUGAUUGUGACCUCUCUCUAUUUCCCUGCUGACCUUUCAACUCCCUUGUUGGUCAAGAAUGUAUCUCUGUCUUAAAAAUAUUAAUUGACACCACCUCUACUGCAGUCUUGGGAACAGAGUUAAAAUUUGUUCUAAAUUGUAUCCCCUAGUUCUCGUCCCUCCCUCAAGGGGAAACCCCCUUUCAGCACCCACCCUACCCAGAUGCCUCAGACUCUUCUGUUUCUCUAAGAUCACUUCCUUUUCCUCUAAAUUCCAAUCGAUACUUCCUGUGCAAUAAGCAUCAACAUUCAAUUUGCGUUUGUAUUCACUUGCUGCACCUGCCGAAUUAUGUUUUGUUACUCAUGGACCAGGGCACACAUUACCAGUUCAGAAUUCUGCAGUCUGCUCUGUUUAAUAUGCUGCUUUCCUUGUUGCCAAAGGAAAUCAGUCAUCCACCAUUAUUUUUGGAUGUAACAACAGUUAAAUGCAAAAAAAAAUGAUGUUUUGCUUGGGGAAUGAUCCCUUUCCAGAAAACCUGUGUGGUUGGUGUUUGCAGAGAGCAGUGAGCAAUGAAUUCACUCCAUGGAACAUGAAGGCCAAAUCAGCAACUCCAAUAGGAAUCAAGCCCACUCCUGCUGACAGCUACCAAAAGCUUUGCAAGGAGGUGGGGAUUAAUUGGAUAACUCUUUCAAAGAGCUCCCACAGGCAUGUUGGCUGAACGCUCUGCCCUGUUUGCUUCAAUAAAUUAUUCACUGGCAGACUUGUGAUUAAAUCUUCAAUCACUGCA